AUGCAACCCAUCAAAUCAUUUUACUACUUUUCGAAACUCUUCGGCCUCUGUCCGUUUCCGCUGGAUGCGACAACCGUCGGGAAUGUCCGCAUCAACUACAUCAAACAGCUGCUGCCCACCUAUCUGACGCUGUUGUUCUACACGUUCUGUCUGGUGAGCAUCUUCUGGCAGAGCGGUAACUCCUCGGACAUCUCCAAUGCGGCCAACUGGAUUCAGUUCAUCCCGAACUCGUUCGCCUACAUCUUUGUGCUGAUUUUCGCCAUCCGUCACCGGAUCGUCAUGAGCGAUAUCCUGUCCACCUUUGCGCUGUGCGAUGAAAAGAUGCGGUCCAUGUUCGGCAUCUCCUAUACCAUCCCGAACAUCAAGAUGAGGCGGGUCUCGGUGUUGGCCUGCAUUGUCACGCUGACCUGCGGUGGAACGGUCGGUGGUUUGAAUUUCAUGAUUGGCGUGAAUUUGAGCAAAAUCUGGACCCUGUUCUAUUGGUUGGCAUAUGUGAUGCCGAAGCUCGGUCUGCUGCUGUUCAACUUCCAGUUCGCUGGUUGCAUAAUGUUCCUGUCCGAUCGAUCGGUUCUGCUGCUGAAGGGAAUGAACAAUUUUCCUAAUGGAUUCGGAAUGGAGCAGCAGUUCAAAUCGCUGAAUUUGGCCAGCAUGGGCAAACAAAACUCCAUGGUGGACAAGAAGCUGAGCCGGGUCACCACGGUGGGUAACAUCAAAAUCCGGCCCAUCAGUCCGGUGGAGACGAUCCAGAACACCCGGGAAAUCGUAGAACACCUGCAAGAGCUGGCCACGAAAAUAAACGAAUGCUUCGGGAAGCAGGCCAUCUUCUCGCUCCUGUCGGCGUUCAUCUGCGUCACCGUGCAGCUGUACUACAUGCUCAAUCACAUCAAGUCGGGAUUCACCCAGAGCCGCUCGGAGAUUUAUGCCCUGGCCGCGUGCAGCAUGCUGUUCCUGCACGGGGUAGAGUUUUGGUCGCUUUUCACCAGCGGCGAAAACGUCCGGCUCAAGUGGAAGAAUGUGAUCAACUAUGUGUUCUUCAUGAAGUCCAAAUCGAACGAGGAGGAGUUCCGCAGCAGGGCUGAUGAUUUGAUUUCCUUUAUGAGUAGCAACCCACUGGAAUUCAAUGCGUACGGACUGUUUCCGAUUGACUUGUCCGUUAUCUCCGGGAUUGCUUCAUCGAUUACGACCUACUUGAUUGUGCUGAUUCAGUUCAAGAUUUCCGAGGAUCAAGCAAACGGCGAUGACGCCAACAUCAAUUUGAGCGAAUCGGACAAGAUGCAGUACUCAGCAUCCUAA